AUGGAUGAGCCUGGGAGGACGAGUUUGCCUAAAUGUGAUAUGUUGCCUUCGUAUGUGAGGAAGCGGGUCUCGGAACUUGCGGAGAGCGGGCACGAGCUGAUGGCGCAAUCGAUGCCUUGCCUAUCACAGUUUAGCAGCGGGAGUUUGACAGUGGAACUGGGGAUGGAACCCGUCGUCAGGAUAUUGCCAGGGCAGAGCUGGGCGAAUAAGCAGCCCAGGAGGGAAGAGGUGGCCUUGCUCGUGCCUUGA